GCAUGUGCUAUCGAUAUAGAAAUCCUGAGAAGAGAAAAAAUAAGACUUGUUUGGUCCUCGAAUCAUCCGAAUCCCGGCCUGUGAAAAAUGGCAGAUGAAGCGGGCAACCAAGCCGAUGGCCAGCGGCAGUUUAUUUGCGGCGUGAUCGAGGGCUUUUACGGCCGCCCGUGGACGACGGAGCAGCGCAAGGAUUUGUUCCGGAAGCUCAAGUCCAUGGGCAUGGGCUCCAGCCCGUCCUACAUGUAUGCGCCGAAGGACGACUACAAGCACCGCGCCUACUGGCGGGAGCUGUACACCGUGGAGGAGGCGGAUCACCUGUCCAGUCUGAUUGCUGCGGCCAAGGAGGCAGGGAUCACCUUCUACUACGCGCUGUCGCCCGGCCUGGACAUGACCUACAGCAGUCCGAAGGAAAUCGCCACGCUGAAACGCAAGCUGGAUCAGGUUUCGCAUUUCGGUUGCGAAGCCUACGCUCUUUUGUUCGACGACAUCGAGUCGGAGCUCUCGAAGGCGGACAAGGAGGUCUUUCAGACGUUUGCUAACGCCCACGUGUCGGUCACCAACGAGAUAUACACGCACCUGGGCAGUCCCAAGUUUCUCUUUUGUCCCACCCAGUACUGUGCUUCGCGAGCCGUUCCCACGGUUCUGGAGUCUGAAUACCUGAACACUCUGGGCUCCAAGUUGAACAACGAGAUCGACAUACUCUGGACGGGGGAUAAGGUAAUUUCCAAGACCAUAUCCCUGGAAUCAAUCCAGGAGAUUACCGAGGUGCUGCGUCGUCCGCCGUGCAUCUGGGACAACCUGCAUGCCAACGAUUACGACCAGAAGCGCGUCUUCCUGGGACCUUACAGUGGACGAUCGCCGGAGCUGAUCCCCCAUCUGCGGGGCAUAAUGACCAAUCCCAACUGCGAGUUCUACGGCAACUUCGUUGCUAUCCACUCGCUGGCCUUCUGGUCGCGUUGCAGCAUGGACUCUAAGGUAAACAGCUCGCUGAGCGCGGACAUAAAACUGGAGACUGAAAACGAGGAUGACCUUCCGGCGGAGUUCCUCUCAAAGAACGUGUACCACCCGCGAUUGGCUCUCAAGAACGCCGUUACGGAUUGGCUGCCAGAAUUCUUUAUGAAAAAGGAGGCCUGGGGACCCAUUACCAAGCCCCAACCGCAAGUGCAAAUGGUCAUGCCCAUCAUUCCCAUAAUACCUUCCAUCAAUACCUGCAUGAGUCUCACCACCACCACCACCACUUCGACGAGCUCGAGGACGGUUCCGGAGGUCAACACCACCCAGUUACAAGCCCUGGCUGACGUUUGCGUUGUGACUUCUUCGCUAACGCCCAUCUCAAAUCCAGUUAUGAACUCGCUGGUGUCGCCCACAAAGGUGAUCACGAACGACGAGAUCAUCAAUCCCAUUCCGACCACAGCCGCCAGCAACAUUGAAUUGCCGAAGAAGAUACCCAUCUCCGUUGUCCCAGUGCCCAUUAUGGAGACUAAGAGUGUGGAGGCUUCCGUGGAACUGGCUCUGGACAAUGCAGUUUUCAAUGAUAAUGAACCGAAGAGCGAAUCGACAAAGGACCGACUUGAGCUGGAGGUGGAGGACUUGGAGGAGAAGCAAGAACCGGUGGCCAGUCUUUGUGUGGACACAAUGCUGGACGAUGCCAGUCUGAGUCCAUUGAGUGGGGGAGUCAAUGAGCCCAUGGAGUGUAGUAGCAGCAUAGCAUCCCAGGUCUCUCCAAGGGAAGAGGAGGCAAUUAAACUGGUGGCCGACGAUGUGCUUAUGGAGUCUGUGAACGAUGUGCAUAGUAUGCAUGUGGAGAGUGGUACUUCGUCGCCGAUCUCAAAUGCGGAAAUGCGCGAAGAAAAUGAAGCUCAGUCCGAUAGGACCAUCGAAAAUAAUACUUCCGGCGGCGAAAGGAUAACCAUUGACGAUCUGGCUUUGCUCUGCGAUCUGUUCUAUUUGCCCUUUGAACACGGCAGUCGCGGCCAGAAGCUGCUUGUCGAGUUCAACUGGCUGAAGGGCAACGCAAAUGUGAUACUGCAGGACCGUUCUGCCGGAGGAAGAGACGAUGCCACCAAAGCAUCCAAGCCGGAGGUCACCGAGUGGCACCAGCGCUGUGAGCAAUUUGACGAACUCUGCAGCGCCGUCGUAAAGCUGCUGAUCAAAAUAGCUAAUUGUCAGAACAAGGAAAUCUGUCACGAGCUGUACUCGUACGUGUGGGACAUCUCUGGCGCCCUGUCCCUGCUCAAUUGCUACGUCAAGUGGCUGGCUCUCGGAAAUUUUCCGCAAAACAGUUCUUCCUACACGGAGGGAAGCUACACUUGGUUCAGCAAGGGCUGGAAGGAGGCAUUCAUGUCCGGUGACCAGGAACCGUGGGUCUUUAGAGGCGGCCUUAUUGCGGACCUACAGCGCCUGAUGCCCGUGGACUCGGGCAACGACCUGUUUGUGUACAAGCUGCCGGAGCAACCGACGGCCAACUACUAUCUCCUGAGGCCCUACUGCAACUCGGACGAGCAGAACGUCAACGAAGUUUGCACCCGCUUGUACUUGCAGUGGCAGGAGCAGCUGGACGGAGGGAGCCACAUUCCCUUCCCGCUGCCGGCGAAUGUGGCUAGCAUUGUGGCGGAUGGACUGGUGGGUGGACAUCUCACCCUUAGUCCGCAGCUGUGCAUUGUGGCCUACGAUGAGAAUAACAGUAUCAUUGGCUAUUCUUGUGCGGCCUUGGACGUCAACAUAUUCCGGCGCAAUCUGGAGCUUUGCUGGAAAACGGAGCUGCGCGAGAAGUAUCCCAAGGAUCUUUGUCCGCAGGAGGGCGGCGAAGAUGUGCGGCAGCUUGUCACGUCUUUCGUGGAAAAGUUUCAUUGCAGCGGUGGCAACGUGCCUCUGGAGCAGUGUCCCGUGGAGGUGAGUAGCUCCUUCCCGGCCGUACUGGUAUGCGGCACUCUGCGGGAGGCGGAGGAGCGGGACUCGGGCAUCACCAAGCGGAUGCUCACCGUACUCUUGGCCGCCCUGCGAGCGAACGGAUGCUUCGGGGCUCACGUGUGUGUGCCCGAGAAGGACGUCGGGCAGGUGAACUUUUAUUCGAGGAUCGGUUUCGUGGAAGUAUACCGCGAAGAGGCCACCAAGUGCAUUUACAUGGGUCGCCGCUUUUAGCGUUUUCGGAUGCCAGCUUCACUGCCUCCACUUUUAAUGUUCCUUCAUCUUUGGUAUUCCGGCUAGGUGUUAGCCACUCUCGACUUUUCUCGUCCUCGUCCUUUUUGUAUUCCCCUAAGGUAACAAGUUUGUAUUACUGACCAGCCCUUCUAGCAUUUAUCUUAAGCGUCGUUUUCAUAACGUGGAAAACAAUAAAGAUACCAAUUUAAUAACA